CUGAGUCUAUUGUUAUGGUAGUCGAAAACCUGUUCAGUGUCGAUGAGAAUAUUUUAAUACAAAGUCAAAUGGAGAACCAGGCACCUACUAGGAUUGUUGAGGUUCUUGAAGGUCAGUUGAGUAAUGUAGAACUAAAUGACAAAGGCAUUUAUGAAGAAAUGGCCCCCAAUCUUGCAGUUCAGGCUCAGAGGUUUGAUGUCAAUCAGUUCAGUCAAGAGGAUACCACUUACCUUAGUUAUAUAUCAGAAUCAGAUGAGAACGGAGUAGGUAAUAUUGGAGUACUUGGGGAUCGAGAGGAAAUACCCGAUGCUGCCAAUGUGUCAAUUGCUUUACCAGUCAGCAUAUUUGAUGUCGUCAAGAAAAAUAAUAUGACAGAUUUCAGGAUUGUAGUGGUUGUCUACAGCGGCAGUAAAUUGUUCCAAUCAGCUCUCUUUGUCAACAACAGCCUAAGUCGCAGACCAAAUAGUCAAGUUAUAUCUCUUUCAGUGCCUGGAUUAGACCGUGUGGAAUUGCAGGAACCAGUUGUUACUACAUUUAUUCCUCUUAAAAUCAAUGACAGUAUCAUAAAUACAAUGUGUGUAUUUUGGGACUUUGAGCUUGACGGAGCUGGUGGAUGGUCAAGUGAGGGCUGCACGUUUGUAAAUGAAUCUGUGGAUGGGAGCAAUAGACAAUAUUGCGAGUGUUCCCAUCUAACUAACUUUGCUAUACUUAUGGAUUUUAAGAGGGUUGAUCCUCUUCCACCACCAGCUACAAUUGUGACUACAGUUGGUUUAAGCAUAUCAAUCAUAUGUCUUUGCCUAACAAUUCUUACUUUAGUAACCAACAGAAACUUUCGGCGGAGUGAACCCAGGAAAUUUCAAUGUCAGCUGUGCCUGUCUUUGCUUGGUUUGUACAUCGUCUUCCUUGCUGGAAUUGAUCAAACAGACAGCAGUGAAGGGUGUAUAGUUGCCGGGGCUCUUUUACAUUACUUCUUGCUAUCGUCAGUUUUCUGGAUGAGCGUUCAAGCAGUUAAUAUGUACUAUUUAUUUGUCAAAGUCUUUGAUGCUCAUGUAUUGCACUUUUUUCUAAAAGGUUGCUUGUUUGCAUGGGGUUUACCAGUGGUGAUUGUCUUAGUUUCUGCAUUUAUUGAUAUUGAUGGCUAUAUCGAUUCCAAAACUCAUUGUUUCCUGACCCUCAAGCGAAUGUAUUACGCUGUUGCAAUUCCUGUUGCUCUACCCUUACUUUUCAACACUUUAAUAUUCAUUAUGGUUUUACAUAGUUUAAGCCUACGUGGGACAAAAACAAAUGAUUCUCCACUAAAAAAACAGAAAAACAGAAACAAUGGGGUGAAAAUGUUACAAAAUGGAGUGAGCAUUACGUUGGUGUUGGGUUUAACGUGGAUUAUCGGCUUCUUCGCUAUUGGUGAUGCUGCAGUAAUUAUGCUGUGGCUUUUUUGUAUUCUUAAUUCUUUUCAAGGGUUUCUUAUUUUUAUUAUGUACUGUGUCAGAAAUAAAGAUGUACGUACUCACUGGUGCAAAAUGUUGCGCAUUUUACCAUAAAGUACAAAUGUUUUCAAUCAUAACCUCCAGCGAGUAACUAUUUUCCAGGUUUAAAAAAAAAAACAUUUUCUAGACCUAAGUAAAAAUAAAUUAUCUCUUAGCCACUGUAGAAAUAUUUUCAAAGAAAAAAAUUAAGCUAUUAGACUUUAAGAAAUAUAUAUAAAGGUAAUAAUGAAAAUGUAUUGUGCACCGGUAUCCAUCCGUAAAAAAUGCUUACGGGGAAUCGAUACGGUGUAGCACGAAUUUUAGUUCCCGGCGAAUUUUAGUAUUUCGUGGUCUGGAUAUUCAGAGCCUUAUGGAACACAAAUUUGCAACACUUUCUUCCUGGGUAAACAAUUAUUAAAUAUGUCUAUGUAUUCAUUAAAAAGCAUAAAGUGACGGAAGUUUAUACAAUCGAGCAUGUACCUUAUGUUCAACUUAACUUCACAGCUUAAUUAUCUAGCAUACAAUCUAUAAAAAAUAUGUAAAAGCUACUUUACGUUGAAAAAAAUCACAAGUCACUUUACUGCGAGCAACAGCGAGCAUGAUGGGAAGGUUAGGUGAAACUUAAUUUCAUUUACAGCGACAUUAAUUAAGUUCGGGUAAACAAUAAUAAGGCGGGAAUAGAUUGGUAAUCAUAUUACGUCCGCAUAAGCAGUAUAAAUGAAACUGUAUUGACAUUUACUGGCAGUUCGUUGGUGGGAGUUAUUCGAAGCUUUGGGUUAAUGGGAGACCUUGUCUCUAGCUGUGAUCAGCUGUUAGUUCGCCUACAUGUUUUGUAAAGCUAUUUAUUGGUUUUACCUUGAAUGUGCAUGUAGUACUGUAUAUGUUAACAUACAGCUUCCUUAUUUUUUUUUUGUUUUAGCUGAGUAGCCUGUACGACUGUUGUCUCGACUAUUUUCUUUUCACUUUUUUUUGGACCAUUAUUUAUUUAUUGAACGAGGGUACGGCACGAGGGUGUAUCAACUUUUUUGUAAAAAAAAAACCCCAAAAAGCAACAUUCUUCUAAACAGCUUGUCGUACCAUUGCUAAAAUUUAUAAAAGUAGGCCUGUAAAAUUAAGGGCAUUUUAAAAGUGGUACUGCAUUUAAUUCUAUUCUUUAGUUGAUUAUUGGCCCACUCUCUGAUAGAGAGGGCUUAUAUGAUGCUUCUGGGCAAAUUUUGAAGUCAUUUGUUUUUCUAUCUUUUCCUUCGUUUGUGGCGCGAUAGACCGAUCUUGCAAUAAUAUGAAAGAUAAGGCUUGGGGAAUUUAAAGUACGAAGCGUUUUUGCGAAAAUAUUGUCGGGAAAUAUGUGAAAUACUGUAGUAUGUUUUUUGAUCAGAUUGCAAAUCGCCUCUAUAUUCCUCAUUGUGUUUAUUAACCAGUCACGGUCUGGAAUGGUAAGCUUUGCGGCUAAUAAAUGCGUCUGCACGAGUCUA